AUGGAUGCAGUCAGCCAAGUCCCCGUGGAAGCCGCGCUUCCCAAGCACAUCCUGGACAUCUGGGUCAUCGUCCUUAUCAUCCUGGCCACCAUUGUCAUCAUGACCUCCUUGUUGCUGUGCCCAGCCACGGCAGUCAUCCUCUAUCGCAUGCGGACUCAUCCGGUCCUCAACGGGGCUGUCUGA